ACGACACAUCACUGAAGGAAAAGCGGUGAUGUUUGGGAGGCUGAAGUGAUACCGGACCGUGUGACGGAGGGUUUCGUGUGAUUUGCACGUCUUUGUUUUGAAUCCACUCAUGUCGUUGCUGAGCCGUGUGGUCUUUGGACGUUUUUGAAUGAAUCGCUGUCGUUAUCAUUCAGGACCAUAUGUUGAGAAACCCGAGCGAGGAAAAAAAAGACGAAAAAGAAACGACACUUUCGGGAGGAGGGUGUCUGGACCCGGGGAGGACGAAGCAGGCUGCAGCUAAUAGUAAAGUCACACACACACGGAGGAUAAUCUGACCGAGGAUAACCUUGUCAAUCUGUCGUCGAGAUAAAUUAGUUGGCGAAGAGAACACCUGACUCAGAAUAAAAAGAAAAACAAGCGUCCGAGCGUUUUUAGGAUGAACCACUUAUCCCUCAGCGAGCUAUGCUGCCUGUUCUGCUGUCCGCCGUGCCCCAGCAAGAUCGCCUCCAAGCUGGCCUUCCUGCCCCCAGAGCCCACCUACAGCCUCAUGUGCGACGAGAGCGGCAGCCGAUGGACGCUGCACCUCUCCGAGCGCGCCGACUGGCAGUACUCGUCCCGUGAGAAGGACGCCAUCGAGUGCUUCAUGACACGCACCUCGAGAGGGAACCGCAUCGCCUGCAUGUUUGUCCGCUGCUCACCCAGCGCCCGGUACACGCUAUUAUUCUCCCACGGGAACGCAGUGGACUUGGGGCAGAUGAGCAGCUUCUACAUCGGCCUGGGCUCACGCAUCAACUGCAACGUCUUCUCCUACGACUACUCAGGUUACGGGGCGAGUUCUGGGAAACCCUCAGAGAAGAACCUAUACGCCGAUGUAGACGCUGCCUGGCAGGCGCUCCGGUCACGGUACGGCAUCCGGCCGGAGAACGUGAUCGUGUACGGCCAGAGCAUCGGCACCGUGCCAUCCGUGGACCUUGCUUCACGCUACGAGAGCGCCGCGGUCAUCCUCCACUCGCCGCUCACGUCCGGCAUGAGAGUGGCCUUCCCCGACACCAAAAAGACCUACUGCUUCGACGCCUUCCCAAACAUCGACAAGAUUUCGAAGGUAACGUCUCCCGUUCUGGUGAUCCACGGUACGGAGGACGAGGUCAUCGACUUCUCCCACGGCCUGGCGCUGUACGAACGCUGUCAGCGCCCCGUGGAGCCGCUCUGGGUGGAAGGGGCCGGACACAAUGACGUGGAGCUCUACGGACAAUACCUGGAGAGACUCAAACAGUUCGUUGCACAUGAGCUGGUCAACUUGUAGAGGAGCUGUGGGGAGGGAAAAAGGGCGGAGAGGGAAGAAGAGAAGAAAGUAUUGGUUUUCGGGAGAGGUUGGAUGAUGAUGGUUUCCUUUGGUUUUUGUGAAGUGAUGCAGGUAGAAGUGGUGUUUGUCUGUUUAGUGCUGAAGUUUAGGUGGCAGUCUUCUCUCAUUACCGAGCACCUCUCCGCCUCGGAGCUCCAGUUUGCCCCGGGCCUGUCAGCACUGUCCGCUCCACAUGCUGCAGCUGUGAACUUACCCAUCAUUUAGUUUUUGUGCUUUUAUUUUAUUAUUUUCUUCUUUUUUAUCAUGUUGAAAAUUGCACAUCGUGAAAGUGCGUGAAUGAAAGAUGAAGUUAGACACAUACACAGACAACAUACCGUGUGUACAUGCAGGAUACGAGUGUGUGUGUGUGUGAGUGUGUCACAUUUUUGCUGCCUUUUUGACACGGUCCACGGUUCCUAACGGAGACCUCUGGUCGAGCUCACGAGGUUCUUUGAGGUUCUGAGAAACCGCCUUGCUACAAAACAGGACUGGACCAGAAGUGGACCAGACUCUCUCUAACCCGACUGAACUCUGACUGUAAAGUCAGGUUUUGGUUCCACACACUGCAGACACCAUGAUUUUCCUUUUUUUUUUUUUUUUUUGGAUUACUGUUUAUUAUAUUUUUUUAUAUUAUACAUGAUAUUUGCACGUAUCAGCUGUCACUGAAGAACCGUACAAGACAAACUGACAUAAACUAGCUGUGCCAGUGUUGCCAAAUAUUUAGUAUAAUAUAUUGCAGAGAUUUUAGACACACAAAAAGAACAUCUAGAAACUUCUCCAAAGCUCUGUUAAGCCGUAUUCAGUCUCUACUUCUCUGUUUUAGUCUUGGUAAGACAACUUAGUGGUACAAUCUGCAAGAAUACAAUGAUGCAAGACGGGGCUCAGUCAGCAGCUCGUGUAGCCACUUUAAAAAGGCUCGGGCUGUUGAUCGUUGACCAAUAAGGCGUGGGUUGUUUCCUCACACUCUGUCUUUUUGAGGACAUUUCCACAGCCCUUACUUCAGAGUUUACCUUGGAGUACUGUUGCUGUAAGAUCAGCACCACUACGCUGCUGCAGUCGAUGAACUUGAUGAAAUGCUGGACAGUUUCUCUGACAAGUUGUCUGACCCCUCUUUGGAAGUAUUCGCCUUGAUAUAGCCACUAUGAUGAAGGCCAAGCGUCGACAGUGUUUUUUCUGUCUUUUGGUCUGAAGAUAUCAAGUUAAAUAACGUACGUAGAUAUAAUUACAGAUCUUGCUUGUGUACCCGAAUCAGAUCUUCUUUUUUUUUAUAUAUACAUAUAUAUGAUACAAAUUUAAUUACUGUGACAGCAGCUAACGGUCUGUGCUCUGACCAACACUUAUACCACUAAUGCCAAUCCGGACUGAAUGGUGAACGUUAUUAACACAGCUGAUGUCGGCUCAUUUUCAGUUCAGGAGGUUGUUUUAGAAAAAAUAAAAUGUUGUAUUUUUAAGUUAUUGCAUUUACUUCAGUACCUUUCGAGCCACAAAAUGAACUCCAACCUCACUCACAAUAUGUGUACUGGGACAAUGGGUCAUGUCAGCGCCAUACGGCUCAGCAUUAAAGGCCUCCAACGUGGACAGAAUGAUUUGUUUUUGUCUUAACUUUUUCUUUUUGUCUGCAUGGUAUUUCUGGAUCCAUUGUUGUCUGUCGAGUUGCCCUUUUUAAUGCUGAGUGAGCCAAAACAAAGCAUUAAUGACUCCAUUACGGCGCUGUCAGAGCCCUGAAAAAAGCAAAUGUCAAAGUGCUACUGCAUGCCAUGAAUGGUUUGGUUCUGUUUUUUUGGCCUGUGUGACGGACACGGAACUCCAAAAGACUGAGCCUUUGUUCACGAAACAGAUCGAAUACUGUUGUUAGGUGACAAUUAACCAGUCCCAGCCAAUGGGUGCUACUGUAAACCUUCAGGUCUGAUUACUUUACAGGUUGAGAGGAAGCAAAGAUGGAUUGACGUUUGUCAGAUUGACCAAGAUCCAGAUCAGGAUUGGUAACUGUUUGUCAGGUGAUGGUGUGUUGUUAUGAAAACGACUUUUUUCUUUUGUUUUUCACGACUCAUUUGUCUUACAAACAAGGUUUUGCUUUCUUUCAUUUUCACUUUGUAAAUAAUAUUUGUACUGGACACGUUGUCAUUUUUAUUUUUUAUUUUACAAGCCGUUUGUCCUCAUCUCUCGACUCUCACUUCUCUUGACUCUUGAUAUGACAACUUAUUAGACCAUGGUAGGCCAUAGUUUUGGCUUUUCUGAUGACCUUUGUACCGGUCACUUUGACUAAUGUCAUCUCUGAUUUGAUUAGAUUAAUUUUGUAUAGCAUAUUUCAAUACAGAAGGAACUUAUAUGUAAUAACAAUAUUAAUAUAGUAAUUCUAACAUGGAUAGAGAAAAUAAAAUGGUAUUUGAGAAGCAA